CCCCGGGUGGAAGGAUUAAUUUUGUAAAGGGGACAGAGAAGUAGUUUUGGGCUAAAGAACGCAGCGUCCAGUGCUCCAGCUGAGGAUCUAAAGAGAAAACCACCUUGCUGCCACUAUGCCUAACUUUUCUGGCAACUGGAAGAUCAUCCGAUCGGAAAACUUUGAGGAAUUACUCAAAGCUCUGGGGGUGAACGUAAUGCUGCGGAAGAUCGCCGUGGCUGCAGCAUCCAAGCCAACAGUAGAAAUCAAACAGGAGGGCGACUCUUUCUACAUCAAAACUUCCACCACUGUACGAACCACAGAGAUAAACUUCAAGAUUGGGGAGGAAUUCGAGGAGCAGACUGUGGAUGGGAGAGCCUGUAAGAGUUUGGUAAAAUGGGAGAGUGAAAACAAAAUGGUGUGUGAUCAGAGACUUCUGAAGGGAGAGGGCCCCAAGACCUCCUGGACCAGAGAACUGACCAAUGAUGGAGAGCUGAUCCUGACCAUGACGGCAGAGGACGUCGUGUGCACCAGGGUCUACGUCCGAGAGUGAGCGCCUGUCGGUCCAAGACAGGGUCUACGUCCGUCCGAGAGCGAGCGCCUGUCGGUCCAAGAGCUGCGAGAAAAUUCUUCCCCUCCCUUCAUGGGCCGCUAAGCUCCCUUCCUUGUCUGUCUUCCCAGCUAGCUCUCCCCUUACUCCUGAAGGUCACUCUUCCUCCAGCCUUUCGUUCUUUGCCUCCUCUGUGCCAGAGAGGAGUUGACUACAAAAGCCCGAAACCCCUUCCACCGCCUGAGCCCUCCCCAGGUCAGCAGGCUCAGUUCCAUCCAGGGUCCUUCCUGGAGAAGACUGUCUCUCCGGCCUCAGCUCUUUAUCCUUGUA